AAGACCCGAAGACAGGCGCAAAAACAACCGUUUUAUGUUAGGCAAAGCACCACUGCUGCCAGUGCCGGCCACUCCUACCUCACUCUCUCUUUACUAAGCAGAAACACCAAGGAUCAAUAUCACAGGAAAAGCAAUAUAUAUACACAUAAAGCGUGUUUUCCCCUUUUAUUCGGUUCGGCUAAGGAGUUUCCUUUUAUAGUUCCUUCUUCUACUUGUUUCUCUGUACGAAACGGGUUCGUCCGAGCGUUGAAGUAUUUAUUCUGUUCAUCUAGUUGAAAAGGAAUUAACUAGUCAACUCUAUGAACACCGAAUAAUUAGUUACUAAGCAUGGAUAAAGUAUCAUCUGACUGUCCGUACCCAGGAUGCUUUUUCUGCGUUAUGAAGGAAGGGAAUCCGAGUAAGCGCAGAGCAAGUAUUCUGAAGUAUUUUAGAGAACUUCCUUCACAGGAGGAUGACGGUCAGGUUCUCCCAAUCAGUGGUCUUUGGAACACUGCUAUGGCACAUCCAAAUGACCCAGAGUUCAUCGAGUUGGGAAUUUUUGAAUGCAUGGCUGCACUCAUAUGGAAGGGCCUAAAAAAUCGCCGUUGGCUUUCUCAUGACCAAAACAUAUAUAUUCCUUAUUAUGCAGCUCAUAUUAUUGGAUCCUAUACUAUGAACAUGGAAGAGUUUGCCGAAAGUUCUGUUCAUGCUGGAGUGAUCCCUCCCUUAGUUGAACUUUUGAGAGGUAGGUUGACUUGGGUUGAACGAAGAGUAGCAGUUCGAGCUUUAGGACAUUUGGCUACAUAUUCCAGCACUUUUCCUGCUGUAGCAAGUCAUGGCGAGAUUCUUGAGCUUUCCAUUCAACUAGCAAUGAGUUCCCUGGAAAUAGUUUACUCACACUUUUACCAGUACAUCGAUAGAAGACCCAGCUAUCACUGUGAUCUUCUUACACGUGGCAUGGGUGGUGUUGAAAUGGAGUCCAGGAAGGCAGAGGAAUGGGCAAGUCAGUUACAGUGCUGGUCCCUUCAGCUCAUUAAUUGCUUUGCUUUUAAACCAGAGUUUCUCCCUACUAUAUGUAAGCCUGAAUUCUUAAUAAAGCUACCAGGCAUGUGGGGUGGACUUGUUAAUGAAAACUCACCUGCUGGGAUUGGUUUAUUAAGAACAAUCUGCCAUCAUAAGCUGGGCAGGGGACCUGUUGCUAGCUGUCCUGGCAUCAUUGAAGCCUUGUGCAAUAUUGCGCGAUCUUCAGAUGAUUGGCAAUAUAUGGCUAUAGAUUGUCUUCUCUGGUUGCUACAAGAUUCCAGUACAUGUCAUAAGGUGAUAGAUAAGGCAGUACCAGCACUCGUAGACCUUGCAGAAAUAUCAGCACUAGGCGAUCACAAGAAGCUUGGUGAUUCCAUUGUAAAUGUUCUUCAGGAAUGCAUCCAGUCCCAAGGGACUGGACGCAACUCUCUCAGCAACCGCACAAAAGAACAGAUUGAGGAACUACUAAAUUCUAAGCAGAGAUUGAAAUGGGAAAAAAGUAUGCCAAAAGAAGAUCUCCACAUUAAACAGGCUGCAGCACUAGUGGUCAAGCUUGAAGGAAAUUCCCUGUUUUCAUCAGGAAAUAUAUCUGGAGCUGCAUCAAAGUACUCAGAAGCAUUGGCAUUGUGUCCAGUGAGAUCUAAAAAAGAGAGAGUUGUUUUGUACAGUAAUCGUGCUCAGUGUCAUCUUCUGUUGCAACAGCCCCUGGCUGCCAUAAGUGAUGCUACACGUGCUCUUUGUCUUCACAACCCUCUUAACUGUCAUGCAAAAAGCCUAUGGAGAAGAGCUCAGGCAUAUGACAUGCUGGGCAUAGCUAAGGAGAGCUUGUUGGACGCCAUUCUGUUCAUAAAUGAGUGCUCUCAGUCAAAUGACCCUGAUCUAUCAUUGAGACAAAAUAAGGUUCCUGACUAUGCUGAACGAUUAGUGAAGAAGCAGAUGCGUGCAGCUUGGUUAUUUAGGGAGGCAGCUAUCAAACAUGGGGGUGUCCACUGUGAGGGUGAUGCCGGUGGCAUGUAUGGCCAAGGUACUGACGAUUCCGAGUGGGAGACAGCUAGUGAAAGUGAGAUAGGAAAUGAUGGAAGGGAUGAAAUGGGGGAUGAAGAUGAUGAUAGUGAAUGGAAGAAUGAUGAGAAAGAUAUAUACGAUAAACCCUCAAUAAAAGAUAUAAAGCAUGGAUACAAGGUGCAGCUUGCGGGGGAUGAACCAUGAGUGAGCCAUCAUCAAAUGGAAACACUUACUGUGGCUGAAAAAGACCGUGAAUUAAGCAGCUCUAGUUUUUUUUAUUUUUUUAUUUCAUGUUCAACACCUAUUGCUGCCACCUUGAUACAUUGGCAAGUAUGUCUUC